UUUAAUUAUCAUAAGAAAUAUAUCACUUGGAUACUAUUUCAAGCAACAACAAAAAAUAUUAUUCAAUUAAUUGGAUUUAUUUAUUAUUGAAAUUUAUGAAAUUUAAAAAAAAUGAAUAAUACUACUACUAAUACUACUACCAAUACUACUACUACCACUACUGAUAAUAUUCCCUUAAAUAUAACUAAUGAAAAUCAAACAAUACCUUAUCAACUUGAUCCAUUAUCAAAUAAUCAAUUUUUAUUAAAUUUAACUAAAUUAUUUCAUGUAACCAGUAUACCAAUAGCUAUAUUUAUAUUGAUAACAAUAUGUAUAUUAUGUUUCACAUUUAUUAUAUUAUUAAUUUUAUAUAUACGUACAUUUAUACGUAAAAAAUAUAUACCAAAAGUAUAUAAAAAAAGAGAACAACCAAUAUAUAUAGAUGAUAUACCAGGUUUAAUCAAAUGUAAUAAUAAUAAUAAUGAUGAAUUACAUAAUUAUGGCACAAUAGAAUAUUCAUUAAAUUAUAAUUUACAUAAAGAAGAAUUAAAAAUUUGUAUUAUACAAGCAAAUAAUUUAAAAGUACCGAAUGAAAAAGAAACAUUAAAUCCAUAUACAAUAAUUUCAUUUAUUAAAUAUAAAGAUGAUACCCAAUUAAAUAAUCAAUUCCAUAUCAUUAAUCCUAUACAAUUUAUAGAUAAACAAUAUAGAACUAAUAUUAUAUAUAAUUCUAAUAAACCAUGUUGGAAUCAAUCAUUUAUAUAUAAAUUAUCAAUAAAUCAAUUAAAAUUAAUUAUAAUUAUAUUAGAAAUAUUUCAUUAUAAUAAUCAAUAUAUUGAUCAAUUUUUAGGUAGUUUAUUAAUUCCAUUAAAUCAAAUUAAUCAUAGUGAAUAUAUUGGAAAAUUUUAUGAAAAAAUUGAUUGGUUAUCAAUCAAUUCUAUAAUUAAUCCAAUUAAUAUUGGUGAAUUAUGUAUUGGUUUAGGUUAUUAUCCAGAGACAUCACGUAUAGAUUUAUGUAUAUUUGAAAUAAAAAAUUUAAUAUUAAAUAAUAAUAAUAAUAAUAAUACUAUUAAUGAUAAUAAUAAUAAUGAUAAUAAUGAUAAAUGGAACUUUACAAAUUCCUUAGCAACAGAAUUAGAUAUUAUUAUUUAUAUAAAAUAUAAUAAUCAUUUAUUAUAUAAAUAUAAAACACAAUCACGUAAAGAAUUAAUUAAUCCAUAUUUUAAUAAAAAAAUUUCUUUUAAAAUAAAAGAAAAUUAUAUUCAAUAUUUAUCAAUUAUUAUACAAUUAAGACAAAUCAAUAAAUGGUAUAUUAAAAAAUUAAUUGGUGAAGUAUAUAUUAGUUUAAAUGCAUUACAAUUAAAAAGUAUAAAACAUUUUAAUGAAAUUAUAAAAUUACCUAAUCAAUUACAUGUUAAAUGGCAUCCAAUUCAUCCUAUAAUAAAUAAUAAUUAUCAAUCAUUUAUAUUUGAUUGGUUAUGUUUUUGA